CGAGCCUUCGCAUCGGCUUACGUCAUCAUUAAGCGACAGUGUUUAUCAUUAAAAAGUGGCUAGUUCGCGGUAAAAAAAAUCACCUUAAAUAUUGACUUGGAUUACAUGUAUGUCAUCAGGGCCUUGAGCACUGAAUGAGGUCUGUUUUCUCUGCGUGGUACUCCUUGUGGAGCUGAGAUGGGCCAGCAAAUCUCUGGUCAGGCUGUGAUGGGCAGGCUUCCUGAGAAGCUACUAAAACAUGCCGGAUUAGUACGGGAUAGUAGCUAUCUCACCUAUGAAGAGUUUCUGGCUCAUGUAGCAGAGUUGAAUGAAGUAACUGCAAAGCUGGCAGUUGGCCAACCAAAGCAUCUCCUUUUUGAGGUUCAGCCUGGAUCUGACACGUCUGCUCUGUGGAAAGUGGCUGUGAGGAUAGUGUGUACCAAGAUUAAUAAGGAGGAUGGUAUGCUGGAAGCUUCACGCAUUAUGAACCUGUAUCAGUUUAUUCAGCUCUACAAAGAUAUCACCAGCCAAGCAGCUGAAGUGCUGGCAGCAGAUGGCAGUAUGGAGUGUUCCUCUGGACAGCUUUCUUUUGCAGCCUCCUGCCAGGCUAGCAUGUGGAUGGGAAGGGUGAAGCAGCUUACAGAUGAGGAAGAGUGCUGUAUUUGUAUGGACGGAAAAGCAGAUCUUAUUCUGCCCUGUGCUCACAGCUUCUGUCAGAAAUGUAUUGAUAAGUGGAGUGGUCAGAGUCGAAACUGCCCCAUCUGUCGGAUCCAGCUGACGGCUGCCAAUGAAUCUUGGGUAAUGUCUGACGCGCCCACAGAGGAGGACAUAGCUGGCUACAUUCUCAAUCUAGCGGAUGAGGCUGGCCACCCUCACAGACCUUAAUCUAAAACGCUGCAAAUCUUUCUCACUCACAAUCUCUAAUUAUUAGACUGUAAGAUGCUAUUUUGAAUUCUGUCGGUUAUUGACAUGAUCUGUUGUUGAUUUAUUUGCAGGCAGCAAUAAGCAUUCACUGGGCCUCAUUUAUCAAGCUGGAUACAAACCUUAUUUUAAAUGAUUCCCAGGAGCAUAUACAUAAUGUUACUGAGCUCUAUUAUUGAAGAUUUAGAACAUAUAGACGUAAGAAGGUGUUACUGGAUCAUUUAGUCACGCUUUUGUCAUGGUCAGUUUUGUGAGCAUCACUAAAUGCAAAUCAACUGUGCCAUGAAUGCACUAUGCACUUUAUGGGUGAUUUGCAUUUGUCAUGUAUGCACUUGAGUACGAAGAAACUCACUGAAACCUUUGCACAACAAAAGCAGAAGUUUUUUUAGUUCCGUUUGGCUUCAGAAAAAAAAUGACACACAACAUUACUUAAAGAUCGGUAAAUGAGGCUCAUUGUCAUUUAUGUUUGUGUGAUUUGUUCAGCAUCUUUCAUUUAGAAACAUUUGAGAACAUUUUUAUGGUGUGAAAUUUACUGAAUACUUGCUGCUUUUUUUUAAUCUCACAAGUUGUGUAUAGGAAUGAAUGAAAGAAUUGAAGAUUACAGCUACUUUCAUUAGAGAACUGAUGGUCAGAAUGUGCAUGGUGUUUUAUUUCAGACACCCUGUGUCUUCUGGCAGGGGGCACGGUGGCUUAGUGGUUAACACGUUCGCCUCACACCUCCAGGGUUGGGGUUCGAUUCCCGCCUCCACCUUGUGUGUGUGGAGUUUGCAUGUUCUCCCCGUGCCUUGGGGGUUUCCUCCGGGUACUCCGGUUUCCUCCCCCGGUACAAAGACAUGCAUGGUAGGUUGACUGGCAUCUCUGGAAAAUUGUCCGUAGUGUGUGAUUGUGUGAGUGAAUGAGAGUGUGUGUGUGUGUGUGUGUGCCCUGCGCUGGUUUGGCACUCCGUCCAGGGUGUAUCCUGCCUUGAUGCCUGAUGACGCCUGAGAUAGGCACAGGCUCCCUGUGACCCGAGGCAGUUCGGAUAAGCGGUAGAAAAUGAGUGAGUGAGUGAGUGUGUCUUCUGGCAAACAUACUAACAUCUAUAAGACUGCUUUAAUAAGGUGUUCUGUUAAAGUGUCAUAUAGGACAGUGGUGUCUAAUCUUAUCCACAAAGAGCCGGUGUGGGGGCAGAUUUUCAUUUAAAACCAAGCAGAAGUCACACCUGAUUCCACCUGUUUAAUCAGUUCUUGGCUUUUAGUAGACUCUGGUGUGGCUUCUGCUUGGCUGGAAUGAAAACCUGCACCCACACCGGCCCUUUCUGGAUAAAAUUGGACACCGCUGAUAUAUGACAAUAAUUAUUUUGAUUACGAAAAAAUAUUUAGCUUGAUUUAGUCUAGAAAAUGUGAAAUGUUGAAAAGCAGUUCUAACUACUGAGAAUAUUUUUAAAUGUUAACUUCUAUUAUAUAUUCAGACUUGCACUAGUAUAUUUUUUUCCCUAUUACUUUUGCUGUUAAUUAUUUAAAAAGACAGCUGGUUGAAAUGCAUUUUCUGGUUUAUGUAUAAUAAUCUAAAAGCAGCACAAGGAUGUAUAUUUUUCUCUACAUUCUACAAUAAUCCUCAUAAUUAAACUUUUUAAAUGUUGAAACA